UCUGUAUCUGCGGCAGCAGCGGGAGCCUAACACUGAGACGGACUUGUCCUUUGCAGCGUGGCGUGGGAAGGGAACGCUCACCCUCCUGAGUUCCGGGCGCAGAGGUGUGCCUUAUCCCCGACCUUGGGCGCUGCCUGUUGGGCAGCAUGGCGUGUGGGGGGUGGGGGUGGGGUGUCCCCCUCCCCCGGGCCCCAGCGUGGGGGCAGGGCACUUAGCGGAGGUCUGUGAUCUCGCUGCAGCCCCGGAGCCCGCCAGCCUGGGUGGUCCAGCAGCACCGUGCCAGGGGCUCCCUGAGCAAGCCGUAACAGAUGUGUCGCAGAAUCGGAUGCCUGGCCGGCUUCAGACACGUUAAAUUUAAGUAGGAAUCUCUACUUUUGAAAUAAGGGACUGUCUGUAAGACAUAGAGUAGGUCACAGUUUCCAUUAUCCUUCCCCCCCUUCCGGGCACUGAGCGGACGUGUCCUUUCUUGGUGUCGCCGGGUGCUGGUGGGAAGGGCUCCAUCCACGCGGGGCUUCUGUAAGGAAACCCGAUUCUUUCUCUCUCGGGGGAAACGUCGUCACGUUGAUGUUCGGUACGAGCACUUGUACCUGGAAGGGCACCAGAAAGGAGAGGUGCUGUCCCCAAAUGGGACUUGCAGACCCCUCCCGCCGAGGGAAGGAGGGAUUUGUGCCCGCGGGACUCUGAGGAGUCUGGAGAAGGAAGACAGAUGGGCGGUCUCUUUGCAAACGAAGUAUUUUUACUCACUUGUAUUUAUUAAGUGGAAACAAAGAGUCUCAUGUCCUUGGUCUGUGGUGCAGUUUAAUUACUAUGUUAAAAAUAAAGUUCUCUGUUUUCCCCCAGCCCACAUAGCAUUUGUCCUUGCUGAAUUUUAUGUAAUCCUGCAAAACCCAGGGCCGGUUGCAUCCAGGGCUGGCGGUGGAGGCCCCCAGCCAAGGGUUGCAUGGCAGGAGCCAUCUGGGGGGUCCCUUUACCCCCAGGCCCAAGUGUGCUUCAGCAGGCUGCUCUCUCCUCUCUCCUCGCUCCUGUGCUCUGCCCGCUGCGCCCUCUCCCUGCGGGGCCCUCUCCCCAUAGGGGCCCUGCGCUCAGCAGCCCUGCCGUGGCCGGCCUCUCCUUGGAGCGCGGCGCCCCCACCACCGUUCGGGGCUGUGGGGAGCGGCCGGCCGGUGUGGAGGCCACACGGUUCUGCAGAUGUCGGAAGGCGGGCGACUCUGGCGGGACUCAGAGGUGAUGGUGCCGUUGGGCGGCCUCGGUCUCAGCUGCUCGUUCUUUCCCAUGAGCUCGAGGCAGCGCCCGUGCCUGCUCGGGGACAUGGGAUGGGCUUGGUUCUGCGCCAGGGCUUUUCUGGGAGCUGCCGCCUCACUGGUGGUUGGAGGACGGGCUAUGCCCUUCACAGGUUGAGGAGUCGGGGUUGCACCCCCCCCCGGUGUAGCCCAGCGCAGCCAGGCUCGUCUCAUGGACCCUGGGUCCCAGCCAUGUACCCCACGUCCUCAGUUCCUGUGGCAACAUGAGCCCCGCUCUGGUGCUAGCAGAGCUGACCUGUGGGCCCGCCCUGUCCCUCCCCUCCCCUUGGAGGUUCUCUGCACCCACGCCCCCCAGGGCAGACCUGCCCCUCUCCCUCUGCUCCCACUUCACCUGCUUCCAGGGGCGGGGCCCUGCAGGUCACCACCACCUCCCCACCUGCCUUCCCCUGAGAGGCUGAUACUCCUGCUGGGGGGGGGGGGGCGGUCAGUGCCGCCUCCCCAUAGAUGGGGUGUGAAUGCAUGUGUGUGUGUGUGUGUGUGCAGGGGGCAGUGGCGCUGCUGGCAGAGGCUGGCCUGCCAGCCUGGGGACACGGGGUACUCACAGUGGUCUUCUACCCUUACUUUCCUUUUUGACUCAGUGUAUCCCUUCACGGAGGGCAGCUGCAGGGGAAAGGAACCCGUGUGUAGAAGAGUGUAGAAUGCAUAGACUUGCUGGGAAGGGUCUCGUGGCGUGGGGAGGUGUGGCUGGCCCUCCUGGCCCCUCUCACUCUUCCCUCAGUGGACGCACAGGCCACGGAAGCCCUGGUCUAGCUGCAGACAUGGGGGCUUUCCGUAGCUCUCAGCUCCUCCCCGGAGCCCCAGGCUGUCCCGCUGCUGGUCCUCUGGGGGAGGGGGCAGGGGGCUCAGCAUCUCCACGGGAGCCCCACCAGGCCAGGGCAUCAGGACCCCGCUCAGAAGGGAGCUCAGCACUUGGGGCUGAGGGGGUCCUGAGGGGCACUGGGUGUCUGUUGGGGGGGGGGCUCAUAGCUGGGGGGAGGCCGUGGGAGGGCGUUGUCUGUCUCUACACUGCUGCUGCCCUAACCGCUGACCUGUGGCCCGCAGGCCUGUGUGCUCCCUGUGGCAGGUGCCGAACCCCUGCGUCGAGCCAGCCUGGGGCGGCUCCCAGGGGCCCCAGGUGUGAGGUUGUUUUUCCCCCAGUGCAGGGGGUCGUGCUUCAGGGCUGUGGGACCAGCCUGCCUCCUCCAGGGACAGGAGCAGGGCCCGUGGGCCUCAGAGGGGCUGUGCUCCACUGGGUGGGGGUCACAGACCCAGAAGCCACCGGGGUGGGGGGACGGGCUUGUCUACAUGGUCAGUGGGGCAGGCCUGCCCCUUGGGCCCCCUCGGCAAGCUCUGCUUGUGAGCGUGUGGACGGCAGCGACCUUGUAGGCCUGCCUGGGUCCCCGGCCUCCCGGUUGGUGCCACCGGGAAGCCGUGCUGACAGGUCCCUUUCGUGUGUGUGUGUGUGUGUGUGCACGCGCGUGUGCGUAUGCAUGCGGGCCCACGUUCUGGCAGAGGGCCUGACGUUGGAAGCCGUUCAGAUGGAAACGAGAGAGAGGGACUGUCUUGCGCUAACGGCUCUUUGAAAUCCUGGGAAAUGCACUCCGGGAGCUGGGACCACAUGGAAGAGCCGCGGCUUCGGGGCAGAGCCGGCGCGGGGUUCUCACGGGGUUCCCCCACCUGGACGGGCUCCCACCCGAUGCAGCAGCCACGUGGGGCGCUGGGCGCCCCGUCCCUCCCACCCCACCCCGGGCGCUGCCCUGCCCAGCAUGUCCCCCGUCUUCACUAAGACCGCUCCUCUGCGCACGUGCCUCAGCAGGCUUCCCCGCGUGUGUGGACCCGUGCAGCUGCACGCGCGUGUGUGUGCGCCGCUCCUGCUGGGUGCGAGGCCCCGUGGCUUCGGGGCCUGCCUGAGCAGUGGGCACCCAACCCCCCCAAUACUUUGCAGGAAGCGCCGGGUCUGCAGGGAUGGUAGAUACAGGGCCCUGGGCGGAGCGGGAGCCGGCCCCCUGCCAGGUGCCCACGCAGCGGGGACCCCAGAGCAGCAGAGCCGGCUGGGCUGCUGUUGGAGCACGUCACUCUCCUCCCAUGGUGGCAGCUGGGACACGUGUGACAAGAACACAACCCCUGACACCAGUGUCCUUGGCACAUCCCUCGGGAGCCUGCCCAUGGAGACCGUGGGCCAGGGGAGAUGCUGCCACCCCCGAAGGCCUGGGGAGCUGGGUUCCUGACUGCGCGGUGGGGGCAGGGCUGAGGGGUGCUUAGGGGCUGUGCCUCUGCGGUACGCAGGCCACUCACCCAGCAGCGCCCUCCCCGUACCCUCCCUGCACCCUCCAUUCUGCCCUAUGCCUGCCGUUGGAGGUCAGGCCUAUCUGAAAAGGCAGAGAGCCCGUGGCGGACGCGUCGCUGUGGCCGUGCGCGCCCCUCGGAGCUGCUCUGUGGGGCAGGCAGGCCUCACCUCUGUGCUCCGCCAGGGAGCCCACGGAGGGUGCGCCGGUGAGCGCUGGGGGAAGGCUCGAGUCUCUGUGGCAAGGCAGGUGAGGGGCCACUGAGGGCCGUGGCAGUGCAGCAGGGGUGUGCCCUGUCUCCGUGUUCCCAGAUUCACUAUUUGGAAUGCUCAGUUGUGCUGCAGAGUGUAAGGUUGGGUGCGAGGAGACCAGGGAGAGGGAGCCGGGGGUCUGUGUCCAGGCUCACCUAGCAGGGUGGCGGGCGGGACAGGCCACGCUGCCGUGUGUGCACAUUCACUUCUGUGUGUCUGGAAACCCGUGCAGGGGCCGCCCCUCCACGUGCUGGACCAGGGAUGCGGCAGGCUGCCUGCAGCUGGCCCGCCGGCUGCCCCGUGCCCACCGCCCCCGCACCCAGGCUGGCAUCCAGUCCACAGAUGGGACCUGCUUACCGCGCCGAGCUUGGCACUUGUGGACCUCCUUCAAGUGCUUUCAUGCACCAUCGGGAGAAUGAUUAAAAAGCCAUUAACCUGAAUUUAGCCUGAUUGUCCCAAUAAAUGGGCCCCAUGAAUCACGUACAGUGCACCAGCCCACACACGCUUGAGCUCCGGGCGAGCGCCACCACAGGGGAGAACACGCCCCCCACCAGUGGGCUUGUGGGGGGCCCAAGGGUGCCUGCACUCUGGAGAGGGGGAUCCUCUGGGGCAAGACCUGGGGGGUUUGCAGGAUUUGGCCUUGGUAGCCAUGCGUGCUGCUGUGCACGUCUCCAAACCGCAUGUGACUUUGUGGUGAGCCAGGGUGGGCCUGGGGCCUCGCGGGGGCUCCCCCAAACCUCGGAGCUCUUUUUGCCAACGCGGGCGGUGCGUGGGGUCCCUGCCCCAUGGGGCCGCACGGACCCGCUGGUGGAGCCCCUCCCCUCCGUGCGGCUCUCCCGGGAGACAGCAGCGGGCUGGAGCAAGCCCACAAGGGAGGCCACUACCGGGGCCACGCACGGAAACCACAAAAGCCAUGCUAAGUAGGUCAAACUUUCUGCCCCCGUCUUGAGCACGAGGCUCUGCGUUCCUGUGCCUGACGGCUCCGAGCGACAAGGCUCGCGGUUCACCUGAGGUUGAGGGUUCUGUGUGGCGGCCAAGGCUGCGCGUGGUGAGACGGACGCCGGUGGUUCGCGCCUCGUUUCUGUGUCCGUGUGAUUUCCUUUCCUUACCUUACUUCAGCCAAGUCAUUAAUUCCGUCACGCGAGACUUUCAUUAAUGUCUGUUAACAGCGUUGGUCUAAAAUAUCUUUAAAAACCGUAUGUUCAAAGUGUAUAGAAUGUGAACGCAUUACCAUAAAAUACGGAAAUUAAAGUUAAAUAUAAAAAUUAGGAAUAUCUUUUGGUGUUUACAAAAAAUGAUCUGCUAAGGUAUUUAAGUGUAUAUACAGAAAUGAAAAAUGCAGGUUAUAGUUAAUUUGUAAAAUACAAAUGAACAUAGAAUCUAAAAAUUA